AGAGGCAGAGGCAGAUGCAGAGGCUGCUGCUAUAUAUUUACAUUGGCAGAACACUCUCUCGUCUAUAUAAAUAUUAACUUUAAAAAUCCGAUCUUUUCUGCUGUGGGUGGGCGCAAGGCUUUUUGGCUAAAUCCGGCCAGGAUUCACGUGCCGCUUUCCUAACAGAAUUUAUAAGUUCUAGUGGAGAUACAGAGAUACCCUCCCUCCCCAUCGACAUCAUCACUCAUCGCUCUCUCGCUCCACCUCCCCCCCACCACGACCCUUACCAACCCCACCUCCUUUUCUUUCCCUUUUUUUUUAACGCUGAAUUUGCUUCCGCGAGUGAGCGUGCGAUUCUCUUUUUUAUGUAGAGAGAGGAGGAGCAAGAAUUGGAUAAAGGGUUGGUUUGUUUGUUGAGACUAGAGAGAGAAAGAGAGGGAGGGAAUAUUAGGAGUGGUGGUGAAUCUUGGUGAGAAGGGAAUGACGGGCAGAGAGUGGGCGUGUUGGGUGUUGAUUGUUUUGGGGGGUGUUUGGUCGGUGGUGGUGGUGGUGGAAGGAUAUCCAGCACAAGAUCUGGUUGUGAAUUUGCCUGGUCAGCCCAAGGUUGGGUUCAGGCAAUUCGCUGGUUAUGUUGACGUGGAUGUGAAGCAUGGGAGGAGCUUGUUUUACUACUUCGUUGAGGCUGACAAGGACCCUGAGAGCAAGCCCCUCGCUCUCUGGCUCAAUGGAGGCCCAGGUUGUUCGUCUAUUGGUGGCGGAGCAUUCACGGAGUUGGGGCCAUUUUAUCCGAGAGGAGAUGGCCGAGGCCUUCGAAGAAAUUCAAUGUCAUGGAAUAGAGCUUCGAACCUCCUCUUUGUUGAAUCUCCUGCUGGAGUGGGAUGGUCAUACUCAAACACAACUUCGGACUAUAAUUGCGGAGAUGAAUCCAGCGCUAAGGAUCUGCACACAUUCUUCUUGAAAUGGUUUGAGAAGUUUCCCACGUACAAGUCAAGAGAUUUGUUUCUCACUGGAGAAAGCUAUGCAGGGCAUUACAUACCGCAGUUGGCUGUUGCUCUGCUGGACCAUAACGCACACUCGACUGGUUUCAAGUUCAAUCUUAAAGGAAUUGCAAUAGGAAAUCCACUUCUCAAACUUGAUAGAGAUGCCCCAGCAACGUAUGAAUUUUUCUGGUCCCAUGGAAUGAUCUCCGAUGAACUCGGCCUUACCAUUAUGAAUGAGUGUGAUUUUGAUGACUAUCUCUUUGCAAGUCCUCACAACGUAACUCAAACUUGCAACGACGCCUUGAGUAAAGCAAACGUCAUCGUUGGUGACUACAUAAAUAAUUAUGAUGUCAUCCUUGACAUGUGUUACCCAUCAAUAGUGGAACAAGAACUUCGGCUGCGAAAAACGGCCACCAAGUUAAGUGUGGGGGUUGAUGUAUGUAUGACCUAUGAGCGUCGCUUCUACCUCAACCUACCCGAGGUUCAGAAGGCACUUCAUGCAAAUCGGACAAAUUUGCCUUAUCCAUGGUCGAUGUGCAGCGGUGUUGUGAAUUACAGCGACACAGAUGGUAACAUCGACAUGCUUCCCUUACUCAAGCGGAUAGUUCAGAACCAUAUCCCCGUCUGGGUUUUCAGCGGUGACCAGGACUCUGUCGUGCCACUGCUUGGAUCACGGACGCUUAUCCGCGAGCUAGCUCAUAAUCUGAAUUUUAAGGUUACAGUUCCAUAUGGAGCUUGGUUUCACAAAGGCCAGGUGGGAGGUUGGGCGACAGAGUAUGGGAAUUUAUUGACAUUUGCGACGGUCAGAGGUGCUGCACAUAUGGUGCCUUAUGCACAGCCAUCAAGAGCUUUGCAUCUGUUCAGUUCAUUCGUGCGUGGGCGGAGAUUGCCAAACACAACACGCCCUUCCAUCGACGAUUGAAGUCUGUAGUAGCAGUUUCGGAUUUUGGUGUCUCAAAGACAUUUCUUUCUUUCUUUUGUUUUUUUUUUUUUUUUUUUUUUGCAACUUGCUUUCCAUAGUGACAAUAAGCAGAAAUAGAAGAUAAAAAGGGCAAUUUCUUUGGUUUGAUUAUUUCCUUCGUCACAAUGGCGGGCGUGGAAUAUUAGAUUCAGGGCAGUUUUCAACACGAGCAAGGAGGAGGAGCCCGACUUUGCCUCCAACAUGCAAAGCCACGACCGCAUCUCUAUUGUGGCGACCAGGCAAUGUCGAAAGGCAGGAUGCUAGACACAAAGUAACUAGAAACCGAAGUAGAACUGGAGGUAAUUCAGCAUGGUUCGUGUUGAUGAAACCUUUAAUGCUACAAUGCGGAAUCUAGCGUCGAGUGGUCCACACCAGAACAAGCUCAGUGGUCCUUGGCUUUUUCAAAUCGUCUGCAACUUUUCCUAAAGUUUUCCCAACGUCCUCAAUUUCAUCGGCGUGCUCUUUGUUUGGUCCACAUCUCGUGCAGAGGGAGAUGCUUCAAAUCUAAUUGCCAAUGAUUCGCAUUUUGUAUGUUGACUUUCCUCAUAAAGCAUUUCGACUGCAUAUCGAAUACAACGCAAGCCUAUCCGGCCGCUGAUGUGA